AGGAGGGGGAGAGGCUGAAAAUCUUCUAUCAUUUCUUGUAUCCUAAAACUUUGAUCUGCUUCAAUGAUUCUUUCAAAACGGAAAACAAUACAAUUUCGGAGCUAUAUCAAUCUCUCACAUUAUCAACAUUACAGAACUCUGGGUUUAAGCAAACCUAAAUCCAAACCCAGCAAUAACCAGAAGCCUCAAAAUUUUACACGAAGACGACGCGGAUCCAUACCUUUUAUGACCAGUUUGAAGGAAGUACAAGACCCAGAUGAGGCCUUGUCUCUCUUUCACGAGUAUCACCAAAUGGGUUUUAAGCAUGAUUACCCUUCAUACUCUGCUCUUGUAUACAAGCUUGCUCGUUCUCGCAAUUUUGAGGCUGUUGAAACAGUUCUGGGAUAUUUACAGGAUAGUAAUGUUCGGUGCGGAGAAAAGCUGUUCAUCGCUUUGUUUCAACAUUAUGGAAAAGUGCAAUUGGUUGAUAAAGCCGUUGAGCUUUUCAAUAGAAUGACGGGUUUUAACUGUGUCCGCACUGCGCAAUCUUUCAAUGCCUUGCUAAAUGUUCUUGUUGAUAAUGAUAGAUUAGUUGAUGCGAAGGAGUUAUUUGAUAGGUCUGCUAAAAUGGGUUUUCGUUUGAAUUCGGUUCCGUUUAAUAUAAUGAUUAAAGGGUGGCUGGAGAAGGGUGAUUGGCAUCAAGCUUGCAAGGUAUUUGAUGAAAUGCUUGAGAGGAAAGUAGAACCCACUGUGGUGACAUAUAAUAGUCUUAUACGAUAUUCUUGUAGAAAUGGUGACUUAGAUAAAGCGAAGAAUUUGUUUGAGAACAUCAUUCAGAAAGGGAAACAACCGAAUGCAGUGACAUAUGCUUUGAUGAUGGAGGGUUUGUGCUCCAUUGGUGAGUAUAAGGAGGCCAAAAAGAUGCUGUUUGAUAUGGAAUACAGAAGGUGUAAGCCUAAACUUGUGAAUUUUGGCGUCUUGUUGAAUGAUCUUGGAAAGAGGGGGAGGAUUGAGGAGGCAAAAUCUUUGAUCCUUGAAAUGAAGAAGAGGCGGUUCAAGCCGGAUGUUGUAACUUAUAAUAUAUUGAUAAAUUAUCUUUGCAAAGAGGGUAGAGCGGCAGAGGCUUAUAAGGUUUUGUUUGAAAUGCAAAUUGGAGGUUGUGAGGCUAAUGCCGCUACUUACAGAAUGUUGGUUGAUGGAUUUUGCCAGGUUGGAGAUUUUGAGGGUGGUUUGAAGGUUCUUAAUGCAAUGUUGACAAGUAAGCAUUUUCCACGCAUUGAAACUUUUAAAUGUUUGGUUGUUGGCCUGGUAAAGUCUGGAAAUAUUACUGGUGCCUGCUUUGUCUUGGAGGAAAUGGUGAAGAGAAAGAUGAUAUUGGAUUCUGAUGGAUGGGAAGCUCUCAUUAAGGAUUCUUGCAGAGGAGAUGGUGGUGCUGGUGAACUUGUAAAUAAACUACUGAUCUCAACUGCAUAAUGGUCACUGGAGGGGACAAAUAGCUGUAUAAGAUAUUUGCGAACUUUUCAAAAUGACAUGGAUUUUCACUUCAUGUAGGGUUAUCAACUAUAAUUCAUUCUUUGGAUGCUCAACUGGGUUUGCAAGCCUUAUGACGCGGGAGGUUAUGAAGGUUUUUAAUAGCCAUGUCCUUGAUUACGGUACAUUUUGGUUGUGAUCUCUUUUGAAUACAGAAGAAAGCUGGUCCUUUCUUUUGGUAGGACGUGGAGGUAGGCUUGCAUUUUGUGAUAUCUAAUGCAAGGCAUGGGGGAACCGAGGAUGGCAAUUUGAAAGAUUUUUUGUAACUGCUGAUGAUUGUUCAUUGAGAAAGCUCUAACCUUUAAUCAUUUACCUUAUGAGACAUAUUGAUCCAGGUAACCAUUUCUGUUAUAAUUUUAACAGAAGCAUGGUGGCACGUAGGUUGUGUAAAAUGAAACUGCUAAAUUGCUUUCUUUCUGAUCUUGAGAUACUGUGUAAAGAAGCCAGUGACAGUGAUUAGAUGUUCUCAGGUUUUCUGUGAAUUAAGAAUAGCAUCUAUAUACUUGCCUCAAA